AUGGAGAAUUUAUGCCCGACUUGGGGUCCUCUGAGUCAAUGCAAGUUCAACUGCAUUGGCAAGACGCUGCGGCUGCUCCCCUUUGCUUCUCCAAGGCUUGGAAAAGGGUGGAAAAAAGUUAGAGCUGAGUGUGUCCCCGUGGGAGAUUCGUACCCACCUCCCUGUUUCUCAGUCCGUAAACAGGCAUUACAUAAGCUCCACAAUAAACCCGUUUCCCCCCCGCGUUCCUACAGAUGGCUGUUACUAUGGUAUUAUGGAGGGAUAUAUCUCGAUCUGGACGUGGUUGUGAAGCGCCCUCUUACCGAGCUCCCCAACUGCACCGGCCUCGAAUCGGGUCAGUGGGCGUCUGCUGGAGUGCUCAAGUUCACGCCCGCCCACCCUCUCAUAAGGGCGUGCUUGGACCACUUCGCCGCCCACUUCGACGGGAAGGUGUGGGGCGCCAACGGACCGAAACUGCUGACGAGAGUUCUCACGAAAAGAUGCGGGCUGGAGCUUCCUUCAGGCAGAGUUCCGUUUUGCUCGGAUGUCAGAGUGUUAUCUCCUCGUGCCUUCUACCCCCUGCCGUGGUGGGACUGGCAGCUGUACAUGCAGGACGAUGCCUUCCUGAGCGACCUCCUCCUGCAGGACCCAGACGUGUACGUCCUCCACAUGUGGAAUCUGCACUCCCGCCAGGCGCCCGUGCGAGUGCACUCCGAGCAGCCGUACGCCCGCGCCGCCCGCCGCCUCUGCCCGCUGACAGCCGCCCACUCCGGUCCGGAAAUGUGAAGAGGGAAGGGGAGGACGGGAGGAUAAUGAGCGUUAAGAAAGGAGAAGACGUAGAGGGUGAUGAUGGAGAGGGUGAAGAUUUAGGAGGAGGUAAUGAUGAGGACAGAAGAUGGAGAAACUUAAAACAACGACAGUUGCGAAAUUUAUUGCAGCAACGACAACAACAAGAACAUAAUAUAUCGAAAUAUUAUUUAUUGCGCGCGUG